GCUCUUGCAACGUUGCACGGUAAUCCCGCUACUGAGUUCGAGGGGAGACGAAGCAUCUCUUUCCGCAGCACAGCAACAGAUCCAAAUCGCUCGACCGUAAUCCUCAUCGAAGAUAUCUUAGCAAUGGACACCGAAAUUGGCAGUGGAGAUUGUUUAGCUUGGGCUGCAAGAGAUGCUUCUGGAAUUCUUUCACCUUACAGAUUCAAUCGCAGAGUUGUCAGAAGCAAUGAUGUUCGUAUAGAAAUAACACAUUGUGGAGUUUGUUACGCAUGAGAUUGUAGGAGUUGUCACAGAGGUUGGUUCCAAUGUUAAAGGUUUCAAAGUUGGUGAUCAUGCUGGUGUUGGCACUUAUGUUAAUUCAUGUGGAGAGUGCGAGUACUGUAAUGAUUUUCUGGAAGUUCAUUGUUCGAAAGGAUCAAUUUUCACUUUCAAUGGUCUUGAUUCAGAUGGCACAAUCACAAAAGGAGGAUAUUCCAGCUACAUCAUAGUCAAGGAGAGAUACUGCUACAUGAUACCUGAUGGCUACCCAUUAGCUAUGGCAGCACCUUUGCUAUGUGCUGGAAUCACAGUGUACACCCCCAUGAUGCGCCAUAAGAUGAACCAACCUGGCAAAUCUCUUGGAGUCAUUGGGUUAGGUGGCCUCGGUCACAUGGCAGUGAAGUUUGGAAAAGCUUUUGGUUUGAAAGUAACAGUGUUCAGUACAAGUAAGUCCAAGAAAGAGGAAGCACUAAAACUUCUUGGAGCAGACAAAUUUGUGAUCUCAUCAGACCAGCAGCAGAUGGAGUCUAUGACAAAAUCCCUGGAUUUCAUCGUUGACACUGCUUCCGGUGAUCACCCCUUUGAUCCUUACAUGUCACUUCUGAAGAUUGGUGGAGUUUUGGUCCUAGUGGGCUUUCCUAGUGAAGUCCGUCUGAAUCCCGGAAGUCUUAACCUUGGUUCAAGAAGUAU